AAGAGCUGAAAGCUGUGUUCUCCACCAUUGGAUCAUCUGCUCCCUCCCCGGAUUCUGAGAGGUUUAUCCGGGGGAUCGAACACACACCCGCAGCUUGCAGGUUUGAUGAGUGGCAGCAGCUUGUCUGAUCCGAUCUAAUCUGGUACUCAUCAGUGUGAGCGGGCUCGGGUCUUUUGAUACGGUCUGACAAAGACUACUGCCGUCUACCAACCAACCACCCAAGCCACACAUCAUGGAGAUCAACCGAGCAACUGGGCCACCACCGGACGGAAACGGGGCUCACUCCCCACUUUCGACGUCUCCCGCCUCGCCAGCCAGUGGGCGGCCGAGGGCCAAGAUUAUCAGGAAUCAGAACGCCUGCGACGCAUGUCGGUCCCGCAAAGUCAGAUGUCUCUACGGCUCGGGAGAGGGUCGAUGCCAAGGCUGUACAUUCCUCGACAUACAAUGCACUCAUGAACGGCCGCGGCGGAGGAGAGGACCACCAAACAAACACGCACAGCAACAUCGGCAGCAACAACGCGAGCAACAGCAAGCAAAUGCUACCGCAUCGGUUGCCAGCCAGAGGAGUCCCUCAGUAUCAGACAUCACCUCACCAGACGUAGGCCUCGCCUACCAACCCUCACCCGCCGCCUCAUCCUCGACCCAUACUCAGACACCCCAGUCUCAUUCUCACUCUCACCCUCACCCUCAGACAACUGCCACGCCUCACUCAGCAACAGACCUGCGCGCCAUCAUCGCAGGCGCGCCGAGUCCCAACACCACCACGGGAUCCCACCACAGUAAUCGUCUCGCCCUCUUCGCCCCCGAAGAUCUCAUCCAGCGGAUGCUCCACGACUGGUUCGAAAAGGUACACGCCCUCGCCCCGGUCCUCCACAGGCGUCGCUUCUUGCACCGCCUCAAGGCCGGCGAGACAAACAGCGACCGCACCUUUUGCGCCCUCGUCGUGAGCGUCUGCGCCGCGACGGUAGCGACGCUGCGGAGGGCCGACUACAGCCCCGUCACGGUCGAGCUGUGUCUGGACUUCAUAGAGGAGCAGCACCUGCUCGACCAUGGCCUUCGGAAGCCCGUCUACUCGCUGGACUGGUGCGUCGCAAUGUACAAUAUCGGCACGUCGGCCAGUUCGAUGAACGAGGACGGGCUGGGGGACAUGGGUUCGUUCCAUGGUAUGUCCGAGGCGGCGGCGGGGGCGAGGUUCCUUGCGUACUACCGCAUGGCGGACCUGGAUAUGUCCGAGCAGCAGCUGCUGAAGAGGCUCUUUUGGCUGAUCUUUGCAGCGUAUUGCCUCUACGGCGGCCAAGAAGAGGCUCUCAAGCACUGGCUGGCCAAAAUCCAAACAAUCAUUGACAACUUUCCGCCCGAACUACGCUGGCGCGGGGGUCUGUCCCGCCCCUCUCACAUAACAGAGGGUCACGACACGCAAAUCGCCAACCUCUUCAUCACGAGCCUCAACAUCCGCUCCAACUUGCUGCAAAAGUUUGGAUCGACGGUCAAGACGCGCGCGGAGGAGCACCAGCGCAUCGUCGACGACCUGCUCGAAAUCUUGUACCAUAUGCCGCAGCACGUCCUGGAGCAGAACGGCAACAGCCUGAUCCCGAAGCUGAGGGACUGCGGUGCGGCGUACAUGGAGCAGAUGGACGUCGGCGACGGCGCACUGGUGAGUGAGGGCGCUAGGCUGAAGCUGGAGAAGUUACUGCGGAAGCUGGAUGAUAUUGAUUGUUGGCCUGGCUUACCUGGGAUUGAGAGUCCGCAGAGUAAUAGGCAAUGA